AUGGCAGAAAAGGAAGCAAUAUCUGUUGGUAAUAGCCAGUCAACAGAGGCUCGGACAGUACAGAGUGGUCUUGCGGCGCCCUCUGUGGGAGCUCAGAGUGUACUGCAGGACGGACUGACCUUUACACUGGACUACAACAGUGACCAGGUUGUUCAGCCUUUCCCAAGAUCACCAAAACUAAAGAAGAAGAUAGCCAAAGCUGCACAACCCUCCCAGUUAUCCAGACUUAUAGAGGAACUGCAGGCAGAAAGAACCAAGAGUGAGGCUCACAUCCAGUCUCUGAAGAAACGCAAGGCAGAUCUGUCUAGGAGCACUGAUGUGAUGAAGCAGAAGGUUCGAGAGCGUUUCGAGCGCAUACGGCUCAUCCUGAAGCAGGACGAACAAGCGGUCUUGGACUCUUUGGAGCUAGACCUGAGGCAGACCAGGACCAGACUGGACCAGGUUCUCAAGGGCUGGACACAACACGUGGACCAGGUCUCCAAGAGCAUCAGCAGCACCCAGACAGCACUAAGCAAGAGCCCCGGGGCAGACAGUGAGGGUGUGUCUGAAAAUCUGAGUCAUAAGAAGCCAGAUGCCUCUGAGAGGGAAAUCCGACUGAAUGAAGAGAGAUUUGAAAGGCUCCUAAAAACAUUAUCCUCCAUCUCCAAAAGCCUGAAAGCCCAGCUGCAAAGGAAGACUCUACUGUUAGAUUGGUUGCCCAUGGUGAUUGACAGGCAAACGUGCCAUGGACAGAUAGUGGUGACCUCAGAGGGGCGUGGUAUGUCCUUCUCAGGCACCGUCCCCUCUGUUCCUGAGCACCCCCUGCAGUUUGAUAAGGUGUGCUGCGCUCUGGGCUCAUCUCCUGUCACAGUCGGACAGAGCUACUGGGAGGUGGACGUGCGCUGCUGCUCCACCUGGGCUGUGGGUGUAGCCUACAGCAACCUGGUAAGAAAAGGCCGGGACAAGGGCGCCAAACUAGGUCGAAACAGGAACUCGUGGUGCGUGGAGCUCCGGAACGGGCAUCUGUCUGCUUGGCACAACGACCGGCAUGUGGCGUGUCAGGGUGUCAGGCAAACGCUGGUGGAAAGAGUAGGAGUGCGGGUAAAUUACGAAAAGGGCAAGCUGACGUUUUACGACGCGGACAGCAUGUUUGUCUUGCAGACGUUUUCUGCAGCCGUGACGACGGUGUUUGACCGGGCUCAUCACCAGUUCACAGCACCUCUGUACCCCGCCAUACGCUUCCUGAGACCACCAGAGAACCAGACCUGGCCAAACCACCUGCAGCUCUGUCACCUAUGA